AAUGUAACUGCUUGUCUGUAAAAAGGAAGUUCGUUAUGUAAUAAAACUACUUUGACGUACUUUGAUUUUUUAAAAUCAAUAAUAUACCAAUUAGGACAACUGCGGCAGCAGCAGUAAUGAUGUCAGACUGACAGUGCCAGUAGCACAAAAAGGGACAGUAGUAAUGGGCUAUCUCAAAACGCUUUUUUUUUUGUUAUCACUGUUAUUUAAUCAGUUUUAUGGUUGCUUUUCUCAAACGGAUGAGAGAUGUUUCUCCAUAAAAAUGUGUAGCUUUAUUGCAUUUUGUCUGACGGUUUCGCUUAUUCUGUGAGCCUUUCUAAACCCCACAACUACUUUUAACACCUUUAGUCCUUUAAUCGUGAGAUGACGUGUUUAAAGGCAUUUUGAUUAAGUACAGUUCAUCUAAUACAUUAUCGGCCAGGAAUGUGACACAAAUGAAGGUAUUUCAUUCCUCUAACUGGGAAUGGGUCUCCAAACGAGUAAAUAAUCGUUGGCCUUGAAUCCCCCCACCCAAAUUAAAGCAGAAGGUAUUCCGAUUAAAAAAGUCAUGCUUCUCUAUUGUUUUAACUGGAAAUGUUUAGCAAUGCGUGUUCUGAGUCGGUCCCUUUAGUCUCAUUCAUUGACGGGAUCGCUAACCACGUGGUUGGGAAGAGGCAAACAUGGUCCCCGUAUAAAUUGCGUGGAUAGCCAGACGGAGGGAGAUAUAUGCGUUAACAUCGGUGUUACGUGCAUCACAUCUACGACAGUGCCCUUAUUGGAAAAACGAUUUUUUCUGCUUCGUUUCUAUUAUAUCAUUUUAUUCUGGACGUUGGAAGAGACAGGCUGAUUGCAUAAAAUAUAAAAAAACUGCUUCUUGCAAAAAUGCAGACUUUUACCAUCAUUCACCGCGCCGUAAUGGGGAAAUCCGUGGUCCUGCUUACUUGCUUGUGGAUGAUACUCUAUAUUUCAUCAAGCCCAGUGGCAGCUGGGAAUUGCUGGUUGAUGGUUGGCAGCAAUGGACUGUGCCAAAGUUUCUAUAAAGGCAAUGUAUCCCGGGAGGAAUGCUGCAGAAGGGGGCAUGCAAAUAGGGCAUGGACACCAGAAGACUUAUCCUCAGGGGAACUGUUCUACAUUUUGGCCAUAAGACAAGGGGCUCCAAACUGCCAACCUUGCCAAGAGACCUGUGAGCAGGUAAAAUGUGAGGAAGGCAAGAGAUGCAAAAUGCGCAAUGGCCGCCCCAAGUGUGUGUGUGCUCCGCGAUGUUCCAGUAACCGACCUCAGCACAAAGGCCCGCUAUGUGGUACUGAUGGCAGAAUGUACCGAAAUCACUGUAGUAUGCUCAAAUAUAACUGCAGACACAAUAAAAAAGUGGAAAUUGCUUAUUUUGGAAGAUGUCAAAAAUCCUGUGAUAAUGUAAUAUGCACUGACAACAAAAACUGUGUGGUGGAUCAGAAUGGCAUGCCUCACUGUGUGUACUGCUCUAUCCACUGUCCUCCCGCCCACAGUGCCAGCCAGAUGAUCUGUGGGGCUGAUGGCGUCACCUAUGAAAGCUUCUGCUUGCUGCAACAAGCCACUUGCAGGAAAGGCAGGACAAUAGGCAGUGCCUACCACGGCCCAUGUCAAGGUCAUAUCACCUGCCAAAAUCUAACUUGCUCAGAUAAUAAGAAGUGUCUUGUCAACAUUAAAACAAAAAGACCGCAGUGUGUGUCAUGUAAUAUGGACUGCUCAGACUAUGGGGCACUAAAAGUUUGUGGAACAGAUAAUCAGACCUAUAGCAGCUGGUGCAAGAUGCAUCAGACUGCCUGCCAGAUGGGUGUAGUGAUAGAAACUCAACAUGCUGGUGCAUGCGGAACAUUAGGAGAUGCAUUUAAUGUGGACUAUUACGAUGCUUCAGGCAUAAAUGACCCAAGCACUGAGUGAUUUGGCCACGGCAAAGUACUGGAUCAAGUCUACUGAGCAUCUUGGACAGGGCAAGGCAGCAAGCUGGAGAGGGAUUUUCAGCAGAAUCAGUCAGCAUAAGAACGCAGGGGUCUUAUGAAAAGCCACAAACACUAAGUUAAAUUC